AUGCGCAGUCAGUGCAGUCCUCCGGCCAAAGGUCUGGCCCUUCUCGGCUCCCGUCCGCCGUCUCCGGCCUUCUCGGAACGGCUUUCCGGCGGCGCCUGCGCCGUCGUCCUGGUAACGAGCUGCGCGGCCGGAAGUGUGGGCCGAGGACCGGGCGGGGAAGCCGGAGGCGGGAGGCAGCGGACCGGGAAACCUGCCUGGAGGAAGCCGACCUCCCGCCUCCACGCUUUUGUCCAGCUCGGGCCCCUCAGGGCCGACAUGGGUCCCAGCAACCUGCCCACCCAGCUGCAGUUCAACAAGGAUGUGCCUUCGCUGCCCGCCAACCUGGCCAUCCGCUACUCGGGGCCCCGGCCCAUCGUCAUAGAGAAGCUGAGGGCCCCCGGCAGAGCCAGCACCCCGGGGCUCCCGGAGGGGCCCGGCCGCCAGCCUUGGGUCCCCUUUUCCGUCGUGUCUGAAGAAAAGCUCAACCUGGCCAUCCACUUGGCAAAAAGAGACGUCAAGAAGAAACAGCUGCAAGAGGUUCUGGGCCGUGUCCCCCACGGGCAGCCCCGGGGGCCCCCCAAGUCCAGCCCGGGCAGGAGUGAGCUGACCAAGAAGUCUCGGGGCCUCCCGGCCAAGCAGCGCUCCUCCCGGCUGGAGACAGCCGGCCCCAGGGCCAAAGUCUACCUCUCGCGGGGCCCUCGGUCCCACUCCCCCCCAACGCGGGACCCGGGCCCUCAGCCCCGCGGGCAGCCGCAGGCGGCGCCGUCACAGAGCCUGCUGGAGCUCCGGCGGCUGCAGAGGGAGCUGAGCGCUUGCCUGCAGAGGAUCGACGGCCUGGGCGCCAACGACAGACCGGAGCAGGGCCUGGAUCCGGAGGAGGCCGAGCGAAGCCGCGUGCGGAGGCAGGAGCAGGCCGUGCGCACCGGGCGCACGCUCUACGCGCUGCAGCAGCAGGUAAAGGAGAUCCAGGAGGAGCUGGACAAGUUGAGUCCACACAGAAUCAGGCACACCAGGAAGUCCAGGGCGAUGUCCCGCCUGGGAGCCGCGCAGCGGGGAGCCAUCCGGGCGCUGCAGAUGUUUGUCAGUCAGUUCGCGGACUCGAGGGAGCAGGCGGUGUCCGAGCGCUACAGGGAGCUGGGCGGCCUGAUCCGGCAGCUCUCCCUCUGCUCCGCCAGACUGGACGCCGACCCCGCGGUCCCGGACGUGGUCGUGGACCUCCUGCAGCAGAUCGAGGAGCUCGAGUCCCUCCUGGAAAGGAAACGGUCCCUGGGAAAGCUGAAGAAGAGCUUCCCAGGAGCCCGAAGCCAGUCCCCGCCGGCUUUCCCGGCGGCUUUGGAGAGGUCGUUCAGCGCGUCGCCCGUGAGGGAAAGGAAGCCCUCCGUGGCAAAGGAGAAGCUGCCCCAGCCCGGCAGGCGGCCGGUGGUGAGGAGGCUCCUGGGAGAUGAGGCCCCGUUUCUGGCGGCGAAUCCGCUGCGCCCGGCGUCGGAGGGGCCAGGGGCCCAGCCCCGAGAGGAGCUCCCCUCCUGGGACCAGAGCGCCGCUUUCCGCGGAGGGCCGGCCCCGACCAAAGCAAAGGCUGUGAAAAAGCGGCCGCUGACCGCUCCCGCGUCCCUGCGAAGGCGAGGCCUCGAGCCGGCCGGGAAACCCCCGCAGGGGUUCCACAAAGCGGACAGGCCGAGACCCCGCCAGGCCCAGGGCAAGGACUGCAGGUUCCAGAGGACCACCGUCUCCUUCAGAUUAAAGAAGAGUCACCCCCCCGUCAAGGACCGCCGCGUGCCAUGGAUCCCUCCAAACCCCACUUCCCCACCGGCCUCCCCCAAAUGCGUUGCCUGGGCCAAGGUGAGCGCCGGGCCGGACGAGGCCAGAAGAGAAGCGCCCCUUCAGCAGGAGCCGGCCCGGGAGGACGGAGCGCGCCCGGAGCCCAGCGAGCGCGAGGCCCUCAGGGAGCUGGCCCGGCGCUGCCCCAAGACCAGGGUAGGGAGGGGAAAGCGAAGGAGCUGCCUUGCGAUGCCCCUGGCGCCUUCGCUGCAGACGAGGCUCGCCUGGCUGGACGCCGAGAGCGCCCGGAGGAUGAAGGAGCUGGACGAGCUGAGGGACCGAGAGCUGGCGGCGGUCCGGAGGCUGAGCGCGUCUCCCUCCCAGUUGGCGGACAAGGUGGAGCAGGUGGUCCUGGAGCGUCUAAAGCCUCUUCUGGACCAGGUGAAGGAAGCUGAGUCUUGGGGCACCGACGCGCGUUUGGGGGAGCAUCCGUCUGAACCCAAAGCCCCGGUUCUGGAGAAGGCGCCCCCAGCCCCCGGCCCCGAGCACGCGGCCCUCUGGGAGGACGACGGCCCUGACCUGAGGCUCAUGAUGCAGCGCAUGGAGGAGAUAGAGCAAUACCAGGAGGCCGUCCGGCAGAGAUUCACUCAGAUGGUCUACGCUGAUCUCGAUUUUGGGACCACAGGGGGCAGAAGCGACCGCAAGGGCCGCGCGGUAAAUGAAAGGCCGAGGCCUCCUCAGCCCAUCCAGCUCAGCAAGGGAGCGGCGCCCAGGGAGCCCCAAGUCAGCAUCCUGCUCGCGGAACCUCUGGAUGAGAAGUGCUUUGACGACAGCACGGACAUGGAGGAAGGAGGAGAGAAGAGGACCCCCCUCCCGCCCGUGGCCCCCGCGGCCCCUCAGCAGCCCGAGGGCAGCCUCCUCCUGUCGGUGCCCCGGGAGGCGCUCCGCAGCCUGGGCGACUACCAGGACGGCUACCAGCAGUACCUGCGGACCAUCUCCCACGAGUCCAUCGGCAGUUUCAACCCAUGGAUCAUAGUGGAGAGGGCACACUCAGCCCGGCGCCCCCCUGUGUCCCCCGCAGCCUGGCAGAAGAGCUGGUGGAAGAAGCCCUGGAGGACGUGGCGGCCGAACUCCAGGAGUUGUGCGAGGAUUAUGCCGAGGCCAUGUUCACCUCUGAGUUCUUGGCGCCCACCAAAUGAAGGCCGGGGCCGGGACCUCCCUCCCACAGCCGCCCUCGGGUCUGUUCCCCUUGAAAUGAAGCCUGCGUCCUCUGUAGUCGCGCUCUGGCUCGCCUUAUUGGGGGGGCGGGAGGGGCCGGCCGGGACGAGGCGGUCCUCCUCCGGGGAUCCGGUGUCCGCCUCGGGGGCAGGUCCGGGAGCCGAGCCCGCCGGGGCCCCCAGGAGAGGCUGGAGCCGGGAGGGUCUGAGGCGGCGACAGGGCCGGGGCAGCGGGGGAGCCUGGGGGCCGGCUCUGGGGGAGGGGCGGGGUGGGCCAGCAUGGAGCACCGGCACCUCGAGGGCUCUCCCCCGGAGGGGGAGGGCGGGAGAGACCCCCUGCUCAGCCUCCCUUUGGAGGGACCUCAGGGACCAGAAGUCCUUGGUAACGUUUGUUUGAAAUAAAAUCCUUGUUUUUGAGAA